AUGCGCAUCACUUUGCUACUCUUCCCAUUAUCCGAUUACUCUUUAGUGGCGGAUAUUUCGCUGUCGCUAUAUUUUUCCUGGUAUCUGGCUACGGACUCGGAGGCUUGUUUUCACAAUGUCGUUCAGCCACUUAUCGAUGUCGAAAACCAAACUGAUGGAGACAUCAAAGUUAUAGCGAUGCUACGAUACGCAUCCCCGGACCCAAAGGCCCGCGAGGCGUCAGAGGAAGCCGUCAGGCUUUUGGGAGAAUGCGAUUCGGAAUUCACGGCCAGGGAAGAUCUUUUCAUCCUCAUCAAGGCAGUACAUGACCGGGGCGAAGCCCUCGACCCGGAGGCAGUCAAAUACCUGGACAAUUUGGUCCAAAGCUUCAGGAGAUGCGGCCAUGGCUUACUCAGUCGCCCCCAGCUUAAACAAUACUUGACGACCCGGAACCAGAUCGAUGAGCUGCGGCGGGAAUCCAACCGAAGUAUCAGGGAAGAAGAAGGCGGCGUCUGGUUUGCCCUGGAGGAUCUGGACGGGGUACCCGGUGAUGCCCUUGCUCGGUUCCAACACGGUACGGAAAGUGGACAAGAUGGGAUGAGAUACGUUCAUUUCAGGAAAGCUGAAGGCGACAGUGUCCUGAAGUACGCCACGAAAUCGUCAACGCGGGAGAAGAUGUACACCGCCAACGCCCACCGACUACCUGAGAAUGUUGAUUUAUUUAAGCGCAUCAUCAAGCUGCGGGACCAGAAUGCCCGACUACUCGGGUAUUCUAGCCACGCAUCCCUCAGGCUCGAAAGGCGUGUGGCCAAGUCCGUAGAAUGGGUUUCAGGCCUCUUUGAGGGACUUGAAAAGGCUUUCCGGCGGAAAGGAAAAGGGGGGGCAAAUUUGGAGAAUUACCUGGAAAUUGUCACGCCAUGGGAUUAUGCUUUCUACACACGUCUCGCUCUUGAGGGUUUCACCGUUGACCACGCCAAGGUAUCAGAGUUCUUCCCCUUGCGUCAUGCAAUACAAGCAAUUCUAAGCCUUUUUUCCUCCUUUCUGCAGCUCAGGUUCGUCCCGGCACCACCGGAGCUCGUGUCAGGCUCCAUGUGGCAUGAAGAUGUGGAGGCGUGGGGUGUCUGGGAGGAACGAGAAGCGCAAGAGGGUGAGUUCAUCGGUUACUUGUUCAUGGACCUUCUUUGGCGACCUGGAAAGUACAAAGGAUCGCAGAAUGUCAACCUCCAGUGCGGAUAUUUGAAGGAUGACGUAACUCGUGUUUACCCUGCAACCAUCCUCAUGUGCUGCUUCCCUCGUCCUACAACUGCCCCUUGCCCAUUACUAGAGCAUCGCCAGAUCGUCUCAUUGUUCCAUGAACUGGGCCAUGGCAUUCAUGACCUCGUAUCGAAGACUUCGUACACAGCCUUUCAUGGCCAUAGAGUCCCUACUGAUUUUGGAGAAGCUCCGAGCGUCAUGCUGGAGAAUUGGUGCUGGCUUCAGGAUGAGCUUCGCAAGAUGAGUUGCCAUUAUACCAAGUUGGGUCCAAGCUAUUUGAAGAAGUGGCAAGAAACAUACGGAGACCAAAUUCCACCAGACACCCUCCCGGAUGCAAUGCUGGACGGUCUUAUUCAGAGUCGUGACUUGAACCGUGGUCUAUGGUUCCUUCGACAACUCGCAUGUGCCCGUUUUGGCAUGGCUGUCCAUCAUCACCCAGAUCAUCAAUCCUGCGAGGAAAUAGACCCGACAAGCGUCUAUAAUGACCUGAUGGAGGACUUGAUGGCCCUGCCUCAUCCUAACCCAGUCGACCGCGGACACCCACACGCUGACUUCAGCCAUGUGGUUUCUGGUUAUGACGCAGGGUACUAUUCCUAUCUAAGUGCCCAUGUCUUUGCCGCCGAUCUGUUUUACACCGCGUUCGCGCAAGAUCCUCGUAACAAGACUGCAUGGGAAACAUAUCGUUGCGAAAUCCUCGAGCCUGGCGAAAGCAAAGAUGAGCUGACAAUGCUGGAGACCUUUCUCGGCCAUGCUCCUGAUCCUUCUGUUCUUCUCCAAACAUUCGACUCGGCCCAGGAAGCUUAUUAG